UGCAAUUGCAAUGGCGUCCCUCUCGAAUUGGUUUUGCUACGCCUCUAGCAAAGUCGGCUACUCUAUCUCUCUCUACCAGAAGACCCAUGGACGCGUGGAUGCUAAAAGCUUUGAUACCAUAAUGAAAACUAUUCUGGUAGGGAAGCUGACUUUUUUGCAUCAGAAUAAAUCAGAAGAUGUGUCUCCAACAAUCGGGACUGAAGCUGGAACUUUUCUUGUUCGGAGAAUUCCACAUGCAGAUCCAACGUUAGCUGCCGUUGAGGGACACGAAAUGGCUUCAACUGAUGAAAAAGAUGAACCUUUCAUUCUUGAGGAUAACGAGUGCUGGGUUCUAGCUGACAAUGAAGACCUAAAACCCAAGGACUCCUAUGAUAGUCGAUCAUUUGGUCCGGUUACUCUGAGUGACAUUAUUGGUAGAGCUAUAUAUUGCCUAAAGAACGAUGUAGAUCACGGGCCUGUGAAUAAUAGUGAUCUCAGUGCAAAUGAGGAUUCUCCUGUACUGGCGGUGGAACUUGACGUUGACGAGCUGAAGAAGAAUAACAGACGGUAAAUUUGCAGAAGUAUCAUCCACGAAGUUUUCUCAAAUUUCCGGCUUGAAAUAAAUGUGAUAAAUUAACUGAAACAUUAAUCUUUAUGGAUGGUAAUCCACCGAGGUCUUCCCUGGGAAA